CAGUGGCGACAAGUUUGUUUGUUUCGCACUUUUCGAUAAAUAAAUGCCUGUUAUUUCCAAAUCAAAGUGAAAAACUCGUUGAAAAUUUCCUUUGAUGAACACCGACGUUAUCCAGAAGCAAGCCCUCGCCGUCGAUCCACCGGAUGAGUAUUUUGAUCCGGACCUACAGCCAGAAACGGGCGAACAGUAUCUACAGAAGGUCAUCUUCGAGCGGAAGAACUGCCCCGCCGUCGUGGUGGCCAAACCGAGCCCAAAGCGACGCCACCAGCAGCAACAGCAACCGAAGAAUCUCACCGGGAGUGGGGCCAUUCCGAUGGAUCUUGUGAAAAACGUCGCUCCUCGAGCACUGAUGCCUACGAAGGAAUGGGAAUCGAUACAGAAUAGAAAAUUUGCCGAACUGAGGGAAACGAUUACCGGCUACCGAAACAGUGUUUACUAUCAAGAAAAUUUACAAAAAACCCAUAUCUAUUUAAACUUUGAGAACCGGAAGCAGCUGCACGAGUACUGUGCCAAGAAUCAACCCUUCGUUCGCAUCCUGCUGAGUAUGCCGCAGCGCAAUCUGGAAAUUUUACUCGAGUACCUGUACGAAUGGCUGCAGGAGGAACGGAGUGAGGAGGUUUCGGUGGAGGAGCGAAUCUAUCGGAAGGACUGGAUCACCCAGUGGAUCUAUGCCAUUCUGGCGUGCAUCAUCACGCCGCUCGAACCGUACGUCCACAGUGUGCUCAGGGACAUUGCCAAGAUGUGCAUCGCCAUGCGAAACGAUCUGGCCGCCGAGGACGAACUGAAGGUACUGCCGUUGAAUUUGCUUAUCUGUAUUAUUUCGAAAAACUUCAAUCAGCUCGAUCUGAGCGAUAACGUCGAGUGAUAAACCGCGGCUUCCUCAUAUAUUGAUAAUCCUUUUUUUUAUGACAUAUUUUUUGAAUAGA